CCACACCUACAGCAGACAGGAAGAGGAAAUCAGAUACUCCUGAUCGAUACUCUGAUCGACAUGAACAGGUGUAGCAAAAUCGCCCUCCCACUGUCGGGCUCGAGUCGCCACGGCGCUGCAUCGCAAGCAAGAACAAGACGGCCCCGUCUCCCCGCCACCAUACCUGCUUCGCCGAGCACCACUCCGCAAUGUCGAUCCAUUUCAGGCUCUUCGUCUUGUCUGAAAGACUCUUUGUCGAAUUACCGACCGCCGACCGCCUCGUACUUACCCCCGGCGACGAGAUCGUACGGUCGGGUCGACGAUCAUCCCAUGCCCGAUGACAUGCCGAGAGAAGAUUACUCGACGCCGGCCAUGUACACGUUCAACAUGCUGGCCAAGAUAUUGCGUUACCUCCUCUACGGAACGCUAGGAGUGACCGCUGCAGGUCUAGCCGGGGUCGAGGGUGGACAUCAAUACGUCGAGAACGUCAUGAUGGCAUACCCCAGCCAUGUGGAUAGUCGUAAUAUAGACCCAAACUCGGAAGAGGCUGUUUAUGCUUGGGCCGAAGAGAAUGACGCAUGGACAGGUGGAUCUUCCGGAGGUACCUCCUCGGCACUAGGUUUCUACGCUCGACAUACGUUGCGAUCUGCUUGGUUAGCCAGGGAAUACGGAGUCGGCAGUAGCGGCGCCGCUGCGAUCGGGAGAGCUGGACAAGACUCUGACAGCGGUCAGAUGAAGGGUAUGAUCGGAGCGGGCAGAUCUGGAACGGAAGGGGAUAGUCUCAAUACGAGCGACCCCAGCUCGAUCAUGGCGGAAGAUUAUCUGGCACGCACCAUACUCGCUGCCAGGUCAAAAGGUAUCGCAUUCCCGGGCAAUCUACCUGGUAACCGGGAAACAUAUCCACCGGUUCAUCCUUCUAGUUCGCACGCGCAGGUCCCUGUCGACCGUGUAGCGCUGGACCUGCUUACACGUCAUGCCGAAGUGUUGGAGCGUAUAGCAAAGCCUUCCUCGCUAAGGGAGGCCGAGGAGACUUACGAGAUACUGCUCCGAUCAGUUCUGGAUCGAAGUGUUACCAAUUCCGUGGAAGAGGUCGUCAAGCAGGCGGAACUUUUGCAACUCGCCAAGAAGCUAGGGGAUGUCAAUAUCAGGUUGGGCGAUGCGGAGAGAGCGACCGGAUGGUGGGAAUGGGGUAUGCGAUUCGGGGGUCUGGCGACGCGGCGUCCAUCGUCACAAGCUAUGCCAGUGACGGAUCACGGUGUGACGGUGGCGGAGACUCGAGGCUGGCUCCCUCGUUGGCUCGGCUCGAACAGCGGGUCAGCACCAGCGGAAGCUGCUGGUUCCCGUAUGGAACAUACCUUGGCCCAGAACAGCCAUAUGGUUGUCCCUCAAGACACGACGAUGGAUCACGCCUUGCCCAAUCUGCAUCCGCUGAUCCGCCGCGCCGCGAUCUCAUUGAUCAGCUCUUACGCUUCAAAUCUGGGUAUGCAAGGGCAGCUCGUCGAGGCCGGCGCUUUACAGAACAUGGGAUUGCAGCUAGCAAAGGCUACCGACUCUACCAAAGAGAGUACGCCUGCUGCCUCCUUGCAAAAUCUCUGGCUCAACCAUCGGGCCUCUCUUUUGACUCUGAACGCGGUUGAAGUCGCCCAUGCCCAGGGCGAGGACAUCCAAGUAGGCCUCGGCCGAUUAGCAGAAGCGACGAAACAAGCAGAAGAGGUCAUCCGCAAUAUAGCGGCGGCUUAUUCCACGUCGGCCAAACCCGUCAUCGCCGCGGAUGGCCAGCCCGCUCAGUACACCCCUUCUAGGGCCAUCCCGAUGCGAAACAUGGAGAUUGCAGACAGGUUCGGCAAGAAUCAACGCAAGAGCCCCCUAGCGCGACCCGCAUCUCAGCUCUUGAGAGACGCAGAACGGACUGCGGCGGAGGGAUGGAAUCUGACAGGGCUGCUCUACGAGAAAUUGGCCCGGUUGCCUGUUCAUCAGGCGAUGCAGCGACAGGCGCUCCACGAGGUGGCACUCGACUGCCACGAAAGGGCCAUGGGGUGGUCUACGAUCGCGAGUGGUGGUGAAGCAGAUGGGUUGAACCAGAUAGCUGUCGACGAGGACGCGCUCGGUUUGGGCGGCAAGGGAGGUGUUGGGAAGACUACAGAAUAUUGGAGAAACUAUAUGAGGGUGCGGGCCAAGUUGGAAGCCCAGGUCACUGCAGUAUAAUCCGGGCUGUUAGCCCUCGGAUAGCAGGCACUGCUGCUAGCG